AUUUUUUGCGUCCGCGUACUGGUCACACAGCUUUUUGCAAGGCGAUGGGAAAAAGAGGAUAAUAUUUAAGUUAAAAAUGUGAAUGCGGAUGCUAGCCCAACUAAAUAAUAGUGCAAUAGCGAGUCACCCAUUUAAUCGCCUAAUUUGAAUUUCUUUUGCGGCCAAAACGACGGCAUACUGCUGGAUUUGUUGGCUGCCAGCAGCCCAGCAUCACACACACACCCACAUGAGCAAAUGUAGAUAAAAGUGAGAAAACACUCACGCACGCACACACACACAGGCACACGUUUGGUAGUGGGCAGGCAUUUAAUUUUGUUAGUGCCCAGUAAUACAGAGUUGAGCGAAAAGGCGAUAGCAACUUGCACAAAUUACAAGCAGUGAAGAGAGUCAGCGAAGAGGGGAUCGAGUGAGAGCGGCGUUUAGUGCCAACACCCAAGCGUGAUCUCGCAGCCACAAACAAUAAACAAACAGUGAAAGUAACAGUAAACGCAAGCGCUGCAAUUUGGCUUCCAUUGAUUGCAUUUAGUAGCAAAACUACUCAUUCAACAAUGGGUAACUGCCUCACCACGCAAAAGGGUGAACCCGACAAGCCCGCAGAUCGCAUAAAGUUGGAUGACCCGCCCACCAUCGGAGUGGGCGUGGGCGUGCCCCAAAUCCCCAUGCCCUCACACGCCGGACAGCCGCCAGAGCAGAUCCGUCCGGUUCCCCAGAUCCCGGAGAGCGAUACGUCCGGCGCCAACGCGAAGAUUUUUGUCGCACUCUACGACUACGACGCCCGCACCGAUGAGGAUUUGAGCUUCCGGAAGGGAGAGCACUUGGAGAUACUAAAUGACACGCAGGGUGACUGGUGGCUAGCUCGCAGCAAGAAGACACGUUCAGAAGGCUACAUUCCAUCCAACUAUGUGGCUAAAUUAAAAUCUAUCGAGGCAGAACCGUAA